UAAACUCUACAAGGAAUGAAUGUGAAAGAUGAAGUGUCCGUGGUCUCGGAUCCAUCUGCUUGUGAGGAUGUCUCAUCUGACAGAUCCGGCAGUGCGGCGGACAGCCCCGGCCGGGGUCCUUCGUUGGUGGCGUGUCGCUGGGAGUGUAUGAGGUCCCCGGUGGAGAGAGAUGUGCGGCUGGAGGUGCCGGUGACAGCUGGAGGAGACAUGGAGACAGGAGGAGUGCUGGGGCCCGGGGGGCUGAGGCUACUCGCCUGCUUCCUGGGGGUGUUUGUCUGCUACUUCUACUAUGGAAUCCUACAGGAGACUAUAACGCGGGGGACGUAUGGAGAAGGGGAGAACAAGGAGAAAUUCCGCUUUGCACUUUCUCUGGUGUUUGUUCAGUGUGUCGCCAAUGCCAUAUUCGCCAAAAUAUUGAUUCACUUCUUUGACUCAAAGGGAAAACCAGACCGCACACAGAGCUGGCUCUAUGCUGCUUGUUCAUUGUCUUAUUUAGGGGCCAUGGUGUCCAGUAAUUCUGCACUCCUAUAUGUCAACUACCCCACCCAGGUGUUGGGGAAAUCAUGUAAACCUAUUCCAGUUAUGCUCCUUGGUGUUACCGUCCUCAGAAAGAAGUAUCCCCUGACCAAGUAUCUGUGCGUCCUCCUCAUUGUAGCAGGUGUAGCCCUGUUUAUGUACAAGCCCAAGAAUUCUGGCUCUUCUGACCAUGCAUUUGGCUAUGGAGAAUUAUUACUGCUGCUGUCUCUGACCCUGGAUGGCCUUACAGGAGUGUCUCAGGAUCACAUGCGGGCGCAGUUUCAGACCAGCUCCAACCCAAUGAUGCUCAAUAUCAACCUCUGGUCAAGCCUUUUCCUAGGAGCAGGUAUCUUGUUUACUGGAGAAUUAUGGGAGUUCCUGAGCUUCACAGAGCGUUAUCCCUUUAUCAUCUACAACAUUCUGCUCUUCAGCCUGACAAGUGCCCUGGGCCAGACCUUCAUAUUUAUGACGGUGGUGUACUUUGGUCCCCUGACGUGUUCCAUUAUCACAACGACCCGAAAGUUCUUCACCAUUUUGGCUUCGGUACUCAUAUUCUCCAACCCCAUCAGUAGCUUACAAUGGGUCGGGACUUUCCUGGUGUUUUUAGGUCUAGGCCUGGAUGCCAAAUUUGGCAAAGGACCCAAAAAGCCAUCCCACUGAUAUCCUUUACCGGGAGCCGUCGUCACAUGACGUAUUCAGACCUCAUUCACUCAGCUUUCUAAUUAUAUUGUAACUUUUUUUUUUUUAAACUAGAACUAUGUAACAUUGACUUAUUUUAUUGAUGACGGAAGGGAAUAUUUUUUAUUGGAGUAGCGUGGGUGUAUUAAAAUUAAGUCAAGAUGGAGUAUGUCUCGCUGCCUUCACUUCUGUAUAAUUUAGAAGAACUCCGCUGUACGGGAGACGGAAUCUAUAGUGCUUUCAGCUGCAGUUCUCCUUCCGAUCACUAAAUCUAACCAGUUAACACUUUUUGCCGUUACUCGCAAUGGAAGGGCCCAUUGAAUGUGGAUCAUGACCUGACACCCUGAAAACAUGUCUGUGGACGCGGUUACGUCAUCCGUUUACAUAAAACAGAAUAAGGAAAGCUUCGGUUGGAGGCAAUUAUUAUUUUUUUCCUGGUUCAGAAUCUGCCCAACUGCGAAGUGCUAAGGAUAAAGUAUGGCUGCACAGAUCCAAGCUGUCUUUUUAAAUUUAUUUAUGUCUUCUUAGUAAAACAGGCAACCUUA